GAUUUCACCGGUGAAAUGUACGCUCGCCCACAAUAAAUGCCUCGAACGAAUAAGACAUAUGGUGAGCUCGUAUACCAUUCCGAAUAUUGAAAAACCAUCCGAUGAUACCAUUGAAUGUUUGGAGUGUUUACCAAUUUGUUCAAAAACCUAUUUCCGCGUGUUACCUUCCUACUUUGAAUUGAACAAAAAGGGACUCGAGGCAAAUAACAUGCCGUUGAUGAAAAAUUUGUCAACCUAUGACAACAUUGCCAUCGUACAAAUCUAUUAUCCACUGGGUGAAUCAACGUUAUUUAGUGCCGAUGUUUUGAUGACGUGGCAGGAGAUUGUCAGUAAUUUCGGUGGGCUACUGGGCUUGUGCUUGGGGUUUUCGCUCGUCAACAUUGUUGAGAUUGUUUAUUUUGCCACCAUAAGACUUUAUCAAAAUAUUUCGCUGGUGUACGAUAAUGCGAAUCAAAACGAGACUCCCAUUCACCAAAAGCCUAAACUCACGCAAGAGGACAAACGAAUUUGCAAUAUGUAUGUGAAUGAUUUCAAAACGUAUGACCGAAAAAUUUUCCAUUAUCGUCGAACCUAA